CGGGACGAACUCAAUUUAAAAAACCAUCAGACUCGAGAAAAAGGAAAGGAGAUCACCAACAUUAACCAGCACGAUGAAACUCCAGACAUUUAUCCUCGCGCUUACAUUAGCGAUUUCAGUACAGGUCCUUGCAGAGGAGGUGACGCUUGGAGUCUUUCACAAGUUGAGUGAUCACGAAUCGUUUGAGAAACGUGGGGAGAUCCGCUUUGACGCAGAAGAAUGGUUCGAGUUGAAGCAACAACGUGAGCAAGCUUCUGCAUCGGCGACUCAAUCUGCGAAAUUAACAUACCAGCAGAGGAAAGAAUUGUUGAAGCAAAAACAAGAGCAAAAACAACAGCCAAAUCAGAAUCAGCAGCAGAAGCAGAAUCAGCAAUCAUCGCCUAUUAUCUAUCAAAAUGUUCAAAUUGAUCCUGAUAGCAUGGCUCGUUUGGCUGAGGAUUUCGUUCUUAAUGUGCAAGCACCUGUCAAAGUACAUGAGCUGGAACCUGAGCCUGAGGGACCCGAAGUGGAUGAGGAUGGACAAUUUGUUGAAACUCAGGAAGAAUUUGAGCAGAGGUUAGAGGAAUGGAGGGCGCAGAAUGAAGCACAAGAGAAUGGAGGCUUGUCGACAAAGACCCCUGGAAGUUAUGCAUUCUAUCAAAUCAAGUUGAAAGAUGAAACUACAGGCUGGGAGGCAAUGUCGUCUAUCAAGUCUUGUUUGUUAGUAGCCUCGAAUUUCCAGGAGCAAAUCACGUUGCAUUUGGAUAGUGAUCGUGAGGUCUUUGCGUUUGAUUAUUACACCACUGCUAGUCGAUGUGAAGACAAGGACAAGCAGGAAUUUUCUUUGACUUCCUUGGAUCAUUUCAAGGAUGUGAAGAUUGACUUUGCUACAGCUGUCUCUGGGCCCAAGGCGCGUUACGCUAAAGCUCAGGCCAUCAAAAUUGAUUCCCAGACCGGUAAACCCGAAGUUGAAAAGACAUUCUUCCAGAAGUAUUGGGUGUAUAUUGUACCAAUAGUCCUUAUGAUGUUAUUUACCGGAGGUGAACCGGAGAAAACCGCGGCAUAGAAAAGAGACAGAACGCGAAAGGGAAUGCGGUUGAUAACGUUUUUUGAUUUUGAUUUUUUUUUUU